AUGUCAAUAUACAAAAACCUCUGUAAUUCUUUCUUUAUUAUUCUCUUCUUUGUGGUUCCUACAAUGAACUCAAUCUCCUUUAACAUACCUCGCUUUGAACCCCAGACCAGAAAUAUCAUACUGGAAGGUGAUGCCGCGACUUCCAUAGGUACCAUUGAAUUGAUCAACAAAUACACUUACAUGUGUCGUGCUGGUCGAGCUACUUAUGCCGAACAGGUACCCUUGUGGGACUCAUCCACUCGAGAACUCGCUCACUUCACCACUCAUUUCACCUUUUCCAUUCAAAAAUCAACACCGUUUUAUGGUGCUGGACUUGCCUUCUUUAUUGCUCCUGUUGGUUAUCCAAUCCCUUCGAAUUCACCAGGUGGAUUUCUAGGCCUUUUUAAUACAACAACCACUGAUGAUACGUCUCUCAAUCGUAUCAUCCAUGUUGAAUUUGAUUCAUCUCCAAAUCCUGAAUGGGAUCCAGAAUUUACACAUGUUGGGAUUAAUAAAAAUUCCAUCAAGUCUGCUGCUGUAACCUAUUGGAAUGCUAGCAUGCAUAGUCAGGAAACUGGUAAUGCUUGGAUAACUUAUAAUGCUACUACUAAGAAUCUCAGCGUGUACUGGACAUAUGAUAAGAAUCCUGUAUAUCAAGGAGAAUCUCUUCUUUCAUACCUAGUUGAUUUGAAGCAGAUUUUACCAGAAAAGGUUACCAUAGGAUUCUCCGCUGGUACCAGUGCAACUAGUGGGCGGCAUAUUAUUUAUUCUUGGGAUUUUAAUUCAACUUUGGAAAUUCAGGAAAAAAAUGUACCAAAUGUCAACAUGAUAGUUGGAUUGUCUGUUUCUGGAAUUGUUUUGUUAGUUCUUUCUUUACUUGUGGUGUGGGUGAUCAGGUCGAAAAGACGACGAGCUAGAAAACAGAAGGAGAAGGUUAACUUCACAUCUGACUUUGAAAGAGGAGCUGGUCCAAAGAGGUUCUUUCUCAGAGAACUAGUUUCAGCUACAAACAACUUCUCCGAGGAAAGAAAACUAGGAGAAGGUGGAUUCGGAGGCGUCUAUAGGGGAUUUAUAAAUGAAAUGGAUUUGGCAAUUGCUGUGAAGAAGAUCUCUAGAGGAUCUAGACAAGGUCAGAAGGAGUACAUAACAGAGGUCAGGAUCAUCAGUCGACUGAGACACAGAAAUUUGGUGCAGCUCAUUGGUUGGUGUCACGAGAGCAGUGAGUUUCUACUUGUCUAUGAAUUGAUUCCUAAUGGUAGUCUAGAUUCUCAUCUUUUCGGCCGAAGAAGCCCUCUUACAUGGGCUGUAAGAUACAAAAUAACUCUUGGGUUAGCCUCUGCGCUGCUCUACCUUCAUGAAGAAGGAGAGCAAUGUGUAGUCCAUCGUGAUGUCAAGUCAAGCAACAUAAUGUUGGAUUCAAAUUUCAAUGCAAAACUUGGUGAUUUUGGUCUAGCUCGGCUCAUGGAUCAUGGACUAGGUCUCCAAUCCACAGGGCUAGCUGGGACAUUAGGCUAUUUAGCACCAGAGUACAUAAGCACGGGUAAGGCUAGCAAAGAAUCAGACGUCUUUAGCUUUGGAGUAGUGGCUUUAGAAAUUGCUUGUGGUAGAAAAUCAGUUGAUUGUAUGGAAGAGGUUUCUGAUGUAGGGUUAGUAGAGUGGGUUUGGGACCUAUAUGAUAGAGAUGCAGUCUUGGCUGCAAUAGACCAUAAACUAAACCUGGACUUCGAUGCAAACCAAGCCGAAUGUUUGAUGGUUGUUGGGUUAUGGUGUGCACACCCCGAUCGAAGUGUCAGACCUUCAAUCAGACAAGCAAUUCAAGUACUUAACAUGGAAGCAAGUAUUCCAACUCUCCCUACAAAAAUGCCAGUUCCUUCUUAUCAUGUACCUGAACUGGAUCUUAUUUCUAGUGAACCAACUUCUAUCACUAGUACAAGCAUUGGCAUGGGCCGCUAAAUUUAGGCUUAACAUUUAGCUUGUUGAGUUAAAUAACACUUUUGGUUUGGCCAAUAUUCAGCUGCUAUUUAUGA